AAAUGUUGGUCUAAUCGUCAUCUUGUAAAUACGGGAUACCAUGGAACAUUCAAGAUUUUGAUGAUUUGCCGAAUCGCGAGCCGAAACAAGACUACGCCUUGAGGUAUCCGAGGUCUACGACGUACACAAGAAGGUACACAGUAAUAAAACGAUAUUUGGCGAAUUCGAACUCAAUCUACGAAGAGGUAGUCCUUUACGAUGGCGGACUACUCUAUGUAUCACGCUUUGGGGCAAGGCGAACAACUUGAUCCCAAUAAUCCCAACCGAACGACUCAACCUGCCCCUCCGCAAUUUCAACCCCCCGUUGCUCAAAAUCCCUAUCAGCAAACUGCUGGCUAUGGCUCUCCUGCCCCUCCCCCAGGUCAACAAUACUAUGGAAACGCUCCUCCGCCUCCCGGUGGCCCUUCGCCUAUAGCUUCACCUCCGCAGGAUGGAGGCCUUUCCGCGCAGAUGGCAGGAAUGUCUGUAGGAGACGGCCAACAUUCGGUGAGGAGGAAGAAGAAAGAUAGACAUGUGUUCCAUGCCGUAGAAGCACCAGCUGGUUCUUCGCAAGCAUAUAAUGGCAUACCACCGGUGGGAACGCCUGCUACGGCUUUCUUAAACGCGGAUCCCUCUGUACAACCAGGGAGCCAGUUUAUCGGUCAACCAGCCAUGCCAAACCAAUUUCCAGCUCCCGUCAACUCACCAUUCAACCCCGCCGUGCCAGCGAGUCCGGCUGAGUUUGCCGCGAGAAGCGGUCAAGUAGAUCAAGGUUAUGCGCCUGCGUUUGUGCCAACUUCGGGGGGACAACAGGUCUCACCAGAUGAUAUUCCCAGUGUGCCAGUGUCCAGGGAUGUACCACAACAGUACUAUCUAAGCAAUGUAUAUCCAACUUUCGAGCGUCAUGUUCCUCCUCCGGCCACCGUCUCUUUUGUCGCCUACGACCAAGGCAAUUCCUCGCCUAAGUUCACUAGGUUGACCAUGAAUAAUAUCCCAUCCAACUCGGAAGGCUUAAAUAGCACCGGUCUGCCUUUAGGCCUCGUCUUACAACCUUUGGCCCGCCUUCAAUCUGGUGAGAUGGAGGUUCCCGUACUUGAUUUCGGAGACGUUGGUCCGCCGAGAUGUCGGAGAUGCCGUGCUUACAUCAACCCCUUCAUGAUGUUCCGAUCAGGAGGAAGCAAAUUCGUGUGUAACCUGUGCACCUAUCCUAACGAUACUCCUUCGGAAUAUUUUUGCGCGACAACUCCGCAAGGCGUAAGAGUCGAUCGGGAUCAGCGGCCGGAGUUGACGAGGGGUACCGUCGAAUUCACAGUCCCUAAGGAGUACUGGACGAAAGAGCCGACGGGUCUUCACUGGUUAUUUGUCAUUGACGUCACCCAAGAAUCUUAUAAUAAGGGAUUUUUAGAAGCGUUCUGCGAAGGCAUACUUGCCGCGCUCUAUGCUCCGGAAGGCGGCGACGAGUUAGAUGAGAAUGGCGAGCCGAAACGACGAAUUCCGCCCGGCGCUAAAGUUGGGUUCGUCACGUACGACAAGGACAUACAUUUUUACAAUUGCAAUCCCGCUCUGGAGCAAGCGCAAAUGUUGAUAAUGUCCGACCUGGAGGACCCCUUUGUACCACUUAGUGACGGUCUUUUCGUUGACCCAUACGAGUCAAAGGCCGUCAUCACAUCAUUACUUGCGCGAUUGCCGACACUCUUCGCCGACAUCAAAAAUCCGGAGCCUGCCUUAUUACCUACGUUGAUCUCAUGUUUGUCCGCGUUAGAAAAAACUGGAGGGAAGAUGGUGUGCUCGUUGUCUGCAUUACCCACCUGGGGCCCUAACCGACUUUUUAUGAGAGACGACGGGAAGUAUUCAGGCGGUGAAAUCGACAAGAAACUGUUCACGACAGAUCAUCCCGCGUGGAGAAAGACCGCCGAGAAGAUGGUUGCGGCCGGCGUUGGUAUUGACUUCUUUUUAGCCGCACCAUCUGGUGGAUAUCUGGAUGUGGCUACUAUUGGCCAUGUCGCGUCCACAACCGGCGGAGAAACAUUUUACUACCCCAAUUUCGUGGCUGGCCGCGACAAUGCGAAGCUCUCUUUAGAGAUCAAGCACACGGUCACGAGAGAAACAGGUUAUCAGGCCUUGAUGAAAGUUCGAUGUUCCAAUGGCCUUCAAAUAUCAGCAUACCACGGCAACUUCAUACAACAUACCUUUGGAGCCGAUCUUGAGAUAGGAGUCAUAGAUGCCGACAAGGCUGUGGGCGUUACGUUUGGUUAUGAUGGAAAGCUCGAUUCAAAGCUUGACGCUCAUUUCCAGUCUGCCUUGUUAUAUACAACCGCCUCCGGUGAACGACGAGUAAGAUGUUGUAAUGUCAUUGCAAGCGUCAGCGACAACGCGCGGGAAUGCAUGAAGUUUGUUGACCAAGACGCCGUCUAUACGAUCAUUGCUAAGGACGCCGCUUCCAAACUUGCUUCGACUUCCACGAGUCUUAAAGACAUAAGGCUGGGCCUGACAGAAAAAACAAUUGAUGUUCUGGCUGGAUAUCGUAAGAACUUCUCUUCUCAGUCGCACCCACCAGGACAGCUUGUCAUGCCAGAGAAGCUCAAAGAGUUCUCGAUGUAUAUGCUUGGCCUUAUCAAAUCUCGAGCUUUCAAGGGAGGAAACGAGACCUCCGAUCGCAGGGUACACGAAAUGCGCAUGAUCAAUUCAAUGGGCGCGCCGGAACUCAGUCUCUACCUCUAUCCCAGAAUGAUACCAAUACACAACCUGAAUCCCGAAGACGGAUUCCCCGACAAGGACACUGGCUACUUGAGGGUGCCACCGGCUAUUCGUACAUCGUUCAGCCGUGUCGAACCAGGAGGAGUAUAUCUCGUAGACAACGGGCAACAAUGCUUACUGUGGUUCCAUUCCCAAACUUCGCCCAAUCUAUUAGUCGAUCUAUUUGGUGAAGGCAAGGAUAGCCUCAGCUCGCUUGACCCGUACAGCUCCUCCUUACCGGUUCUACAAACGCACCUUAACGCGCAGGUCCGGAACAUAAUUGAGUUCCUCAAGACCAUGCGCGGUUCCAAGGCGUUGACAAUCCAGCUGGCUAGACAAGCAAUUGACGGAGCCGAAUAUGAGUUCGCAAGAAUGUUAAUUGAAGAUCGCAACAACGAAGCCCAGAGUUAUGUGGACUGGUUAGUACACUUACAUAAGGGCGUACAACUUGAGGUAGGUUGAUUUCUUAUUACUUCUCAUUGCGAUAUGCCGAAAAUUAUAUAGGGUCACCCUAGUUGCGCAAGGAAUACAUAAAAGACAGCUGCUAACAUUGGU